CCUUAUCAUUUCUUCUUCUAUUGAUUUUGUUGUUAUUGAAGAAUUGAUGAUGUCAGUAGAAGUAGUCUCACCUCGAGAAGCUCAAAAGCGUUGUAAAGAAGAAGGUUGGAAGCUUGUCGAUGUUAGAACUAUCGAGGAAUAUAAUCAAGGGCAUCCAAGUGGCAGUCGUUGCAUUCCGUAUAUGAUUAAAGAAGGAGGAGAAAUGAAACCCAAUAGUUCGUUUCUUUCGGAAGUAAAAAAGGUCUUCCAACCGGAUGAUAAAAUUCUUAUUUCUUGUCAAAGCGGUAGACGUUCUUCGAUGGCAGCAAAGGUCUUGAAAGAGGCUGGAUAUUCUCACUUGGCUGAUGUAGACGGUGGAUUUUCCAAGUGGUGUAGUGAAAAACUUGAUAUUGAAAAGUAGUGAAAAAUAAAGAGUCCUCGGGACAAGUUGUGUGUUGGUGGAGGGAAAUGAAACGAUGCUUGGAAAGUUGAGCAACGAUGUUGACCAACUUGCCUAUUGUAACUCUAUCCUUUUUUCCUCACAGUAUAAGAAACCACUAAGAAAUAGA